AUGAAGGGCCAUAAGGUCCAGGAGCAGGUCCAGGAGCAGAUCCAGGAGCAGGAGCAGAUCCAGGAGCAAGUCCAGGAGCAGAAGCAGAUCCAGGAGCAGGUCCAGGAGCAGAAGCAGAUCCAGGAGCAAGUCCAGGAGCAGGAGCAGAUCCAGGAGCAGGAGCAAGUCCAGGAGCAGGAGCAGAUCCAGGAGCAGGAGCAAGUCCAGGAGCAGGAGUGGAUCCAGGAGCAUGUCCAGGAGCAGAUCCAGGAGCAAGUCCAGGAGCAGAAGCAGAUCCAGGAGCAGGUCCAGGAGCAGGAGAAAGUCCAGGAGCAGAUCCAGGAGCAGGAGCAGAUCCAGGAGCAGGAGCAAGUCCAGAAGCAGGAGUGGAUCCAGGAGCAUGUCCAGGAGCAGAUCCAGGAGCAAGUCCAGGAGCAGAAGCAGAUCCAGGAGCAGGUCCAGGAGCAGAAGCAGAUCCAGGAGCAAGUCCAGGAGCAGGAGUGGAUCCAGGAGCAGAUCCAGGAGCAGGAGCAGAUCCAGGAGCAGAUCCAGGAGCAAGUCCAGGAGAAGGUCCAGGAGCAGGUCCAGGAGCAGAUCCAGGAGCAGGAGAAAGUCCAGGAGCAGAUCCAGGAGCAGAAGCAGGUCCAGGAGCAAGUCCAGGAGAAGGAGCGGAUCCAGGAGCAGAUCCAGGAGCAGGAGCAGAUCCAGAAGCAAGUCCAGAAGCAGAUCCAGGAGCAGAUCCAGGAGCAGAUCCAGGAGCAGGAGCGGAUCCAGGAGCAGAUCCAGGAGCAGGAGCAAAUCCUGGAGCAGAUCCAGGAGCAUGAGCAAGUCCAGGAGCAGAUCCAGGAGCAGAUCCAGGAGCAGGAGCAAGUCCAGGAGCAGAAGCAGAUCCAGAAGCAGGUGCAGAAACAGGAGCAGAUCCAGGAUUAAAUCCAGGAGCAAGUCCAGGAGCAGAAGCAGAUCCAGGUGCAGGUCCAGGAGCAGAUCCAGGAGCAGGUCCAGGAGCAGAAGCAGAUCCAGG